UUUAUCCCGACCUUCACUGCUAUUCCUCUUUCGCCGCCGCAAAAAACCACCAACGGACCACCGUGGUUAUACACACAUAUUUUCACUAUACAUAUACAUACAUAUAAAUUCAUUUAAUCAAAUAUUGUCAUGUCUCAAAUAGCAAGAACAAAGGUGAAAUCCCUCAAUCAGUUAUUAUAUUAUAAUAAUAAUAAGGUAUCAUCUUGUUAUUUCAUUAAACCCCAUUCUUCAUUUCUACUUAAUUAUAAUAAUAAUUAUUAUAAUUAUCACACUAAUUCUUCUGCAGCAGCACUUAACACUAGUGACACCUUUGCCCCUUAUAAUGAUACUAAUUAUAAUAAUAAUAAUAUUAGUAAUAAUCAUUUUGCUUAUCAAAACCCUAAUUUAGUCAAUUAUAAUAAUAAUAAUAAUAAUAAUAAUAAUAAUAAUAUUUAUAAUAAUACUAAUUUUAAUGGGAUGUAUCAAGAAACACAAGGGAAUUAUAAUAUGAGUAGUGGGGGUGUUUCAAGUAAUGAAAUUUAUAAUGGGAAUGUGAAUUCGGAUGAGGCGGGGCGGGUACGUGUGACAAUCGAGGAGUUCGAUGCGUUAUGCAAAGAGCGGAAAUCGAAGGAGGCGAUUGAAAUGUUGUGGUUACUUGAGGAAAAGGGCGUUUUGAUUGAUGCAGAUAGGUGUUUCGUGUUGAUGAAUGCGUGCGGAGAGGGACAGGCACUUGAAGAAUGUAAACGGGUUCAUGAGUUUGUUGAGAGGAUGACGAAGUUGGGGGCGAUGAAUGGUGGGAGUGCUCUUGUUUGGAAUAAGGUUUUGGAAAUGUACUGGAAAUGUGGGUCGAUGGAGGAUGCGUAUAAGGUGUUUGAUAAAAUGCCGGAGAGGAAUUUGACUAGUUGGGAUACUAUGAUAACGUGGUUGGGUAAAAACGGAUAUGGUGAAGAGGCGAUUGAUAUGUUUACCGAGUUUAAAAAGGUGGGGUUGAAGCCGGAUGGUGAGAUGUUUUUUAGUGUGUUUAGUGCUUGUAGUGUUGUGGGAGAUAUGAAGGAGGGGUUAUUGCAUCUCGAGUCGAUGAGUAAGGAUUACGGAAUUGUUCCUACUGCAGAUCAUUAUAAGAGUGUUGUGGAUAUGUUUGGGAGUGCAGGUUAUUUUAGUGAAGCGUUGGAGUUUAUUGAAAAGAUGCCCAUGGAGCCGAGUGUGGAAAUUUGGGAAACUUUGAUGAAACAAUGUAGGGCUCAUGGGGAUACAGAACUUGGAGACCGUUGUGCUGAGUUUAUCGAGCUUUUAGAUCCUUCUCAUUUGGAUGAACAAUCAAAGGCGGGACUUAUACCGGUUAACCCUGCAGAUAUUGCUAAAGAAAAAGAAAAGAAGAGGUUGUCAGGGCUUAAUCCUCUAGAGAUUAAAACGAAAGUUUAUGAGUAUAGAGCCGGAGAUACUUCUCACCCUGAUCACCUGAAGUUGUAUAGCCAACUUAGAUGUUUAAGACAACCUAUGAAAGAGGCGGGGUAUGUUCCUGAGACUAAAUUUGUACUCCAUGACGUAGACCAUGAGAGUAAAGAGGAAGCGCUUCUAUCACAUAGUGAAAGACUUGCUUUAUCUCAAGCCCUUUUGACCAGCCCAGCACGUGCACCCAUUCGGAUAAUAAAAAAUCUUCGUGUCUGUGGUGAUUGUCAUAAUGCACUAAAGAUUAUUUCUAAGCUUGUCGGAAGACUAAUUAUUGCAAGGGAUGCCAAGAGGUUCCAUCACUUUGAAAACGGAGCGUGUUCUUGUCGGGACUAUUGGUGAUAAUUUUACCUUUGACAUUCAGUUAGUUUUUGUUAAUCGUAGUGAGCAUUAUGGAAUUUUAGUUAUUUAUAUGUAUGUGCUGAUAAUGGAAGUAUUAUGUGGUGUUAUGCCUUGACAUUUUUCUCAAUGUUUUCUGUCCAAUAUUAGUUGUAUAUAAUUUUCAUA